AUGAAGGAGGAUAGCUGUCACAGGGACACCACCUUCAACUCCUUGUACCUCGAGGUGGAGACUGGAACUUUGCAUGACGUCACCGGAGGGCUGCCAGACCUGGCGCAGGGCCUGGUGCGUUCCCCGCAUCCGGAGGGUGCCAAAGCGUCCUUCUUGGAGGAUCCGGUGCGUUUGCUCCGCUUGCUGCGCUUCGCUGCCCGCUACGACUUCCGCCUCGACGACGAGGUGCUCCGUGCCGCGGAGGACGCCCAGGUGCACAAGGCCCUUGGUGAACUUCUCGAACACCAACGUGGCCGAGUGCUGUUCGAAGUGAAGAAGGCGCUUCUCUUGCACAACCAGCCCUGGCGCUUUUUGGAGCUUUGUGGAGCUUGUGAGGUGCAUCCAAUCCUCUUCACCUCGGUACCAUCGCCGCUGUGGCCCGGUGCUGUGGGCACCGUGCGCCGCUUGGGCCAGUUGCUGCUCUAUGGCCUUGAGUCGGAGCAACUCACUGCACGCUCGCAGCGCUUCCGCGGACGCAUCCAGGGAGGGCUCCCGCCUGCGCUGCUGACGCCUGACUGGCGCAAACUCGGUGUUUGGGAAAAUGACUGGGUGGAACUGCUCGUCGCGGCUCUCGCUUGGCGCUUGAAGGUCCACCCUGGCCAACGACAUCCCUUUCCAGCGACAGAUCUCGCGCUGGGAGUGCGCACGACCCGCAGUCCACAUAACCCAGCGUCCUCCGCCCGCUUCGAAUCCAGCCGGCUCGAUGAACCCAGAGGAGACCUUCCUCUUGAGCCUCCUUCGGCAGAAGGAGCAGAUGCUCGGACGGCACCGCGGAUUGGGCAGAAUGGCUCCGAUAGCUCGGUCCGUGGUUCUUCCGGAAAGCGGGAGAGGUUGUUGCAGCUGGCGGAGGAGCAACAACUUGCUUUUCAGGAGGCCGUGACCGACGCGUUUGAGACGUUGGAACGACUAGGUGCCACUGAGCACUCGGCCGAGCGCUUGAACUUGGUCGGGGACGAGCUGGCUCAGGUGGCACCCACGGCCAAGCCCAUGGUUGAAGUGCUGGACUGUGCUCCCAAGGCGGUGUCCUUGGGGGAGGACAUACCAGAAGACUUGAGCCUCACCAUGACCAUGGAGACCAUGGGAAGUGAUCACUCAGGUGUUCCGCAUGCGCCGGCCCCAAGAACAGGGGAGCAGAGUGAGGCACCCAGCGACAUUGUGGACAUUGUUGACAAGGCGGAGAAGAACCGCCGGAACUCCAAGUAUUCGAAGGUGACCACUGUGGGAGCCUUGUUGCAGAAGCAGAGGCAGGUCGUGCCCUGGAAGGAUAUGAUCGCCAACUACAUCGACUACGUCGCGGGCUUCCUGGUCUUGGUGAACUCCUUCGCUCUCAU